AUGGAACUUGGAGGAAAAGAUUUAUUUUCUGUUUUAAAGAAUAAAUUAUAAAUAGAAUAAAAAAUUAAAAUUUGUUAAGAAGUAAUAAUUAACCAUUUAAUAUUAGAUUUCUUAAUCUAUUGCGUUUCUUCAUAAAUAAUAAUUGAUUCAUAGAGAUAUUAAACCUGAAAAUUUUAUUUAAGUAGGUACAACAUUUAAAUUAAUUGAUUUUGGUUUAAUUAAAAAAAAAGAAGAAAAUGUAAGACUUACAAAAAUGAUAGGAUCACCUCUUUAUUAAGCUCCUGAGAUCAUCAAAGGAUCAGACAAUUAUUAGGCUUCUGUUGAUAUUUGGUCUUUGGGAUGUUUAUUCUUUGAAUUAUUUUAAGGAGAACCUUUAUUUGAUGGUAUUCAUCAUUAUUUUAUUUUAAGGUAAAACUAAAGGGGAAUUAUAAUAAUAAAUCCUUAAUUAUUGUAAUAAUUAAUAAUAAGUUCAUCUUAAAAUUAAUUAAUUAUAAAUUAAAUAGGAAUUAAAAACUUUAAUUAAAUAAAUGAUUGAUCCAAUUCCUGAUAAGAGACCUAAUAUAGAUUAUGUUUAAAAAGAAUUAUUGCCAAAAUUCUUACCUUAUCCUAUUAAAAAUAUUUAAUAAUCAACUCCACAGAAUAACACCAAUUUCGUUCCUAGUUUACUAGAAAAGGUUGAAAAUUAAAAAAAUUUAGUUUUCUAAACUACUUUUGAAAUCAAGUCUAUUGAAAAUUAAGAUAAGUUGCAGAAAUUGAAUGAUAUGAAAUCUAAUUUAAAAAAGGCAAUUUAAAACUACAUGGAUUUACAAGCUGAUAAUGGAAAUUAAAAUUUCAAUGAUAUUAUAAAUUAAACUAUAACUUUUUUAGAAAGAUAAAUAAAUCCUUCAGUUAAAAAUAAUUAGUUUUAGAAAUUAAAUUAAUUACCUUUAAAUUAAGGGUAAGGAUAAUAAUUCUAAAAAGUAUAAAUAUAAGGAUAACAAUUUUAAUAAAUAUAAGGAUAGUAAUUUUAAUAAGGAUAACUAUAGGGUUAAUAAUUAUAAUAAGGAUAAAAUUAAUUGUAGAAUAAUUAAUUUUUAGGGAUGCCAACCCAUGUAUAAAAUUAGCAAUUUAAAAAUAAUUUAUAAUUAUAGCCCCUAACAAAGUAAUGA